AUCGAUUUUGAAACGAAAUAUUUUUCGAAUAUACUUCCGGCAAAUAAUGGCUUCCUGAACAAGUAAACAUGACAAGACAAUAACAAAAGCACUUUUUCAUCGAUGACAAGGUUUUUAUAGAAAUAUGGCGAAUGAAUACCACUGAAAGGGUCAUUACUCGGAGUCAAUGUUGCAAAGAGGAAUCUGACAUUCACAGUAAUUAACAUCGUGUUUAUGCUUUCCCAUCAACGAAAUCACCACUGAGCAGUGGAUGUUAUUUGAGCAGGAUGGCCUGCAACACCAACAUUUUCACAGAAAAAGAGACCAAUAACUGGAUCAAGGCUUCUAUAGCACUGAAUGUGACGAGGGAAGGACUAGCUAACUUUCUGAACACACAAUUACAGAAUGUACACGCAGUUGUUGGUAGAAGUUGUGGACUCUGUCCGAUUGAAAAACUCAUACCUUGUCCCACCAACCCAUAUUGUAAAAAGAUCAAACGAAAUAAUUGUGCUUUUCACAAAUCACAGAAACCACAGCCAUGCCCAACAUGUGACAAUGUAAAACAGAAUAUCAUAUUACUGCACAGAUACGGUAGACCUUCCUUGAAGAACACUCGUGCGGAAAAGUGGGCACUAGACUAUUGGGAAAUAGGAAAAUGCUACCUCCCUCCAGACGGAUAUAGCAGCGUUUCCUCAGUCUUGGAAUCAGAUUUCAAUGGUGUGAUAAGCAUCAUGUUGAAUUGCCUUCAUUUCCAGACAUGUCUCUCCUCAUCAUUUCUUUCACCUCCACCACCUGAUAAUCAAUGUCAACUAGAAAAGGUCCGUCAAAUCGGUCGAGAGGUUCGUCAUACAGCCAACUGCCAGGUUACAGAUGCUGACCUGCAGGACUAUUUCCUGACACUGUCCACGCUUCUGGCUGACCCAAUCUGCUUACAACAUGAUCCCUCAGCAAUGAUAGCAUGCACGAAACUAAGAGAUUUGCAGAAUGAUAGUAUAUCACUCGACACAUUGGGUGAUCUGUUGAAAGAGGCAUAUCAAACGCUUAACGAUGCGAAAGAGGCGGGCCAACGUUAUUCUGAAAUGGCAGAAAGAUCCUUGUCAAAAGGUCUAAAACGCUUGGAAAACGCGAUUCAGGUUGGGCAACAACGCCUUGAAAGCAAGACGAACAUUGGAGAGCAACGCAUGAUAAUGAAGACACACACUGUAGAAGAAGGGAUUCAAAUUGCAUAUGAACGCUUUGAAAGCAUGAUACAGCUUAAAGAACAACGCCUUGAACACGAGAAAAAGGUUGUAAAACAACGCAUUGAAAGUAAGAUACACGAAGUGGAACAAUGCAUUGAAAGCGAUAUGCAUGAUGGGAUGCAACGCAUUGAAAGAAAGAUACGCAAUGCGGAACAAAGCAUUGAAAGCAAUAAGCAUGAUGCGAUACAACGCAUUGAAAACAAGAAUCAGCUUGUAGAACAAACCAUUGUGCAGAAUGUCAUUGGAGAGCGCAUGAAACAUGAAGCGAACGAAACUUCAAAAGCAGGCUACGAGCGAGUCGUAUCAGAACUAAGACCAAAGAAGGAAUGCACUCAUGUGGAAGUUGAACACGAAAUUAAAAAGAUAGGGAAACAUAUUCACGAUGGCAGGCUUGUCGAGCUAAGCCGAGCAUACAUUGAGCAUGUGAAAGACUGCUUGAGUGACCCAGGCUCUAUUGAACAAGGGGGAUAUGGAACUGUUUAUAUAACUCGCAAACAAGUGGAUGGUUUCCGGCAAAGAAUAGUUCUUAAAGAACUCAGUGUUGAUGAUUCACCGGAGUCACGUCGCGAGGAUAAGGUUCACAUUCUUGCCUCUGUAACAAAUGAGAAGCUGGCGUCACGUAUUAUGCACUUCGCUAUUGUGCCACUUAUUGCAUACCAUGAUGAUCUCGAGAAAGGGAAAUACUACUUCAUAGCACCAUAUCUUGAGAAAGGUGAUUUGUAUGCAGCGAUCCAAUCUGACAGAAAAUUGUUAGUAGAAAGCCCCCCAUCUGCGGAGUACAUACCUGUACUUCAUUGGAAGCACAGAUUGAAAAUAAUGUUCCAGAUUGCUUGCGCUAUUGACUAUCUACACACUGGGAAUUCAUUCCGAGGUACAAUCCUUCAUAUGGACAUCAAAUCCAAGAACGUUGUUGUUGACUCUGAACUGAACGCACGGCUUAUUGAUUUUGGUCUUGCAAGAGAGGUGAAGGAAGGAGAAGGUUUGCAGACUUCGACUCCUGUAUACGGUACAAAGGGCUAUUUUCCAACAGUUGAACAUAAAAGACUUACACCAGAACACGAUUAUCAUAAUUUUGGAAUAGUUAUCAGAGAAUUACUGACAGGCGUUGAUCCAACGGAAUGUGCGAAGGACGAUGCCAUACAACUGCGCAAAUGGGACAGUAGAAGAGUUGGGAAUAGUAUACAUGAUCGAGUUUGGCCAAAGGAAUUCAAUACAAGACAGAAAAUAAGAGCUCUAGCAGAUAAGUGCAUCGACAGCAUUAAGAAGGAAGGAACAUUGAAGUCAAAAGGCAUCUGUGAUGAAUUAAAGGAUAUUAUGAGAACAAACGGCGUCAAAACCUGGAAAGGUUGGAAUGAUCAACGAUGUGAAAUAUGUAUGGUGAACGAACACGAUGCAAAAAGCCCCGUGGCUGCAAUUAAUCAUAAGGACUGCCCAGGCAAAAUUAAGAUAUGUCAUGCCUGUAUGCGCAAUUCGUACUUUAAUCCAAUCAAAUGCCACACAUGCGAUAACGACAUCAAAGCAGUAAUUGGGGAUGGUUGGGGUGCAGUGUUGAUCGCCGGAUAUGACGAGCAUGAAGCAAACUUGUUUAAAAAAGAUGUGACAGCAUUUGGAGAUGCUAUAACUAGUACAGUAUUACCGACAAUGUGUAUCAGCAAAUCCAACUUAGUUGUUGUUGACUGCAAUACAAAAAGCGAGGAAAGUGCAUCUUCCAGGAUUGAAAAGGCAUUUAAAAUACUCGAGUCAAAACACGUACAUACGUUGGUUUUUCUGUACUCAGGACAUAAUAGCAACUUUGGAUUUCAAAUUGGAAGAACAUCAACUCAAGAUGAAAAAUCUGAAUAUUUGUUCUAUCAUAUAGACGAACUAUGUAAAUGCAUUGAAGAGAUCAACGGUUUGGAAAAAGUGAUAUUAUUUUUGGACUGCUGUUACGCAAAACCUCUUAAUGUCCCCGAUCAUAUUUGUCUGAUACAGUUCAAUGCUACUGGUCCCAACGACAAAACUGAAGUCAUUGGUGCAAAAGGGAGUAUAUUUACACGAUACUUGGUACAAGCCUUUACGAUGAAGGCGUCAGGUGAAAAGUGUAAACUUCAUGAUUAUGACUGUUCCAUUACUGGUGACUUCAUAACACUUGGGUCGUUGUGGGAUUACAUAUUACGUCAUAGCCAACAUGAUGGCAUGGAGAAAGAGAAAAUGACACCAUAUCAGAAUACAAAGAAUGUUUGUUUGGAUACGAUGUUUUUGGCAUAUAAUUAUAAUUUCGAGGUGAAAUUUUGCUUUGAUGUAAGAGUUCCCGAUGAAAACAUCAAUCAAAUGAUAGAAGUGUUACCAAGACAACUGACAGAGUUUAGAGCUUUUAAGCGGGAUAUUCUUUUUCCAGCUUGUUUUGACAUGUUAACAAACAAAAUGAACAUCCAAGCGAGUCUACGGCCAGCUAUGUCGAAGUAUGCAGAGAUCUUGGUGAUCGAGGUUGAUGGUGGUCCCAAGCACACCCAGGAGAUAGACAACAUGGAAAAGCUUUUGCUGGCGUGGUAUUCAAAACGGUUGUUCCGAUGCCGAUUCCGUCAGUGUACCGAGAUAGAUCAAGAGCGACCAGUUGGGGUUGUUUUGAGGAAUGGCAAUAAUGUCUGCGAAAUAUUGUCGCAUCUUAAUCCAGAACAGCACCCUCGUGAUAUAGACGGUUUGGAGGAAUUGAUGACGGCAUUAGACACUGAGGAAGGCAAGAUACAUCCAGAAUCGGUCCAGCCGUUGAAACUCUUUAAUGACAAAUUGUCAGCACUAUUGCAUGCCGCAAAGGAAAAUAAGUUGAAAAACAGAAAGUUGACAAUCAACUGCAUUGACGUCUUCGAGAACGGAUCUGUCACCCUGGUGUAUAUGGAGUUAACAAGUCCUGAAGAACAACUUGUCAAUUGACGCUUUGUUCAAAUAUACCUCUUCUAUGCUGAUGUCGGCAUUAAUCGUUGGGUGCAUUCAAGUGUAAACGACUACAUUCGGCACAGUCCGGUUUACUUCAUGUUCCUGUAAAAAAUGUCGUUUAUUCUUGAUUAUAUAUAUAUUUCGUGGUGUAUUGAUUGCUGGCUGUUUAAAAUGUGGGAAACUAUACCGUGACAUAAAAUGUAAGAAAACAACCCGAACGUAAUACUCGAUGUACUGCAUAACGUUGUGUAUUAAAUAGCCAACUGUAUUUAAGAUUACUUGCAUAAGAGUAUUACCCUCUUCUUGAACAUGAAGUAAGACAUUCCACUGAUUAUAACCUUAUAACCGCAUGAAUGUGUGUUUAUGCAAACAAUACUUGUAUUUUGAUUUCCAAUGUGUAAUAUGCAUACUGAUGUUCUAAUUUUCAUAGUUUAUGAAGUGUUGAUGAUUCCUCCGAUAAUAAACGGAAAUUUAAUGUGACUAAGGGCCAAUGACAAUUAAUUUAGAAGAUUGUUUCAGUGUUGAUACUGUGGAAUAUAAACGGUUACAAAUUAUAUUAAGCUUAAAAAACAAUUACUCGUGUGCAUUUUUUACUUUCUUGCGUUAACAUCGCGCGAUAAUUAAUUUGCCAUUGUUAAGAACAUAUAAGAGUGUUAUGUUCCUUAAUAAGCAUUAUGUGAGACAAGUGUAUUUGGUAUAACAUGUAUGUCACAGUAACAUGUUAAUAUUACGUUUAGUCUCUUUAAAAAUGGAAUUAACCUUAAAAGUAAAACAGUAUUUUUUACUUUUACAAAUUGUAUAUGAAUUGUAUUAAUUUUAAUUGGAAUAUAUGUAUUCAUUUGUGAUAUCGACGAAUAAUUUUUGUAUCAGAAAAACUGAGUUCUUUGUUUUAUUAUCAUUAAAAUAAACAACGCAAUGUUUAAAAUAAUACCGUCACAAAAUUGUAAGAUAAAUCAACUGAAAGCAUUCCAUUUGUUCAUGAUAUUGUAUACAUGUAUUUGUAAACUGUGCGUGCCAAUAUUUUAUUUUUAUGUUUUAAUAUGUUAUAUAUAAGUAAGUGAUUUUUAAUAUUGCACAACCUGUCUUAUGGUUCUGUGAGAGGCCACUUUGUAGCUGUGAGAAAGUUAUAUUUGCAUAUAUUCAUAAGCGAAAGGGACUAAUGUUUGCAUUAUGAUUGUUUUGUAAUCCGCAAUGUUGAUUGGAUUUAAAAAUAGCAAGGUGGA